AUCAGAGACGAGACCAGCACCGCAGUAUCCCGAAUGUGGCCCAUCAGCGCUUGAGUGGGGUACACGGCCCACCACUCACGGGUUUCACGCCCACCGGCCCCUAUUUGUACAUGCCGUACCAGCGCGUGGUGCCGACGUCAGCGGACCUCGAUUACCAGAUCGUGGUACCACGGAGGACCACGUCCACGUUCCUCAACGACCUGGACGAGGACGAGAGGCCACGAAUGGACCUGAUAGAAGAGCAAAUAGCCAGGAUGAAGCGAGAUGCAAAUUCUUUGAAGGACCAGAUGUCGGGCUACAAACCCAAGACUGUCCCUUCGCACAAGAUCACACCGGAUGAGGCUUCCAAGACGGAUUUCCUGUCCAAUGCCUUUGCAUUCUAUUAUGAUGAUUGCGUCCGGAACCGGCUGCCAAAGCGGAAGCCUGGCAGCACUGGGGUCGAGGUCUACCCAUCUGCUCUCCGCCCCGUGGAUUCCAUCCUCAACGACAUAAACACCAUGUCUUAUUACAACAAGCAUCAGAAGAUCCUGGGAGCAGGUCCAGUAGGACGUUUGUCAUGCGUGUCCUAUGCAGGAAAGAGCCCAAUCACCAAGCGGACCAUCAGACAUCCGCCCAAUGAGGACUUUGCUUCACUGAAUGCCGACAUCUUGAACAUGUCCUUGUAUCCGAGAAAUCAGCACUGCGCUCUGACUAGCGAAUAUCCUGCUCGAGUGAGACCCCCACAUGCGGGCGCCUCGACAUGGGGAUGA